CUCCCAACGCGGCGCUUAUUUUGAGAUUUUGUUCUAUGGUGCUGUGUUCGCACCUUGAUAUCGUUGUCCUUCUCCUCUGGCUGCGGGCCAGUUUCACCUUACCUGUCUUUGCAAGACAGAUUUAUGUUCUCAGGACUGCAAACCCUUUUGUUUUCUUUUCCCUUUUGGAUUGAUCGUUUUCUCCUGUUUAAGUUAGUGUAGAUAUUUAUAAUCUGAACAUGCUGGAGUUAUGACGUCACCCUCCACAGCUGACCAUGACAAGCGUUUGGAGAAGCAUGCAAACCGUUCUGUCAUGGGGACAAUGGGUUGUCAGAAGACUUGCAAGGUGGAGAAACUCCUGAAACAGUCUCAUGGGGAAUUAGCGUGGAGCCAGAGACAAAGGUUAGCCCCAGCAAAGAAAAACAACCGGAUAAGAAGCACAGAUAAGCUGAGAAAGGAAGUUUUGCCGCUCCAGCUCCCACGUUUGCAGCAUUUGGACAGCUUUCGUCUUCUAGAGAACAACAGCGGACCCCGACGACUCAACCCGGAGACCCUUAGCCACCAAAGGCUAAAGCAGCAGUUACUGGAGACUGAGAUCGGCACCAGAAGGAAGGAGUGUGAAGCACUUGAGGCGGAGGUGAAGAAAAAGAAUCAAACAUGCCAGACUUUGGAGAAUGAGCUUCAAGAUUUCCUCCAUGAGAACAAACACUUGAACCUCCAUUUGUUCAACAGUAGCAACAAGACAUCUGAGUAUGAGAAGGUGAAGUCUGAGUAUGCCCAGCUCAAAGAGACCCUUGGUUCUGUGACGCAGGAGAGAGAUUUAGCCCUGUGGGAGAGGAACCAGCUCCAAGGCAAACUGGAGAACCUAGAGCAGGUGCUCAAGCAUAUGCGCGAGGCUGCAGAGCGGAGGCAGCAGCUAGAGUUGGAGCAUGAGCAGGCCUUGGCUGUACUCAAUGCAAAGCAGCAGGAGAUUGAAGUUCUUCAGAAGGUAAGGGAGCUCAGAUGUUUCUAG